AUGGACUUACUUCGUCCGUUUGAAGAGCCCGAUCUGCGGAUAAUUAUGCCACAUGCUAGUUCAGAGACUGACGAGGAGCUCAGUGCGACGGAGCGACGACGCUACAAGGCCUAUACCGUCAUGCAGAAAGCUGGCUUCCAACACACCGAAUAUGUGAAAAUUAUGGUAAAUUUGUGCCGAGCAGAACUGGCAAUUUCGCUUGCGUUUCUCGCUCAUGGUUUCGCUUGUCCAGGAUAUUCAGAUGUGGCUGAGUACCAGAGCACCUGUCAUAUGAAUACGGUAGCAGCUCUAGUUGGCUUACUUACGGGAGCCCUCGGUCUCGGAGCUGUGCACAGGUAUCGUUGGCGCACGAUGCUGAUGAUGUGGCUGGUGUUCUGCAUAAUCUCGGCAGUCGGUAAUCUUCUAGCCGUCAUUACUACCGGAAUUUGGUUAGACCACCUUUCCAAAAUGAAGGACCGCACCGGACUCGUCAAUGGCCUAUCCGGUUUUAUGCUGUUAUCCUCGGUGGCUGUAGGAGUUUGCUUCAUACUUACAGCAGUGAUGAUAUGUCACUAUUGGAACUCAAACUCCCCUAAAUAUCAGCCAGUUGGCAAGAUGGCGAAGCGAACUCGAUUGCGACGUCGACUGUCACGUAUGAAGAGUGGCGAUGCUCGUAUGAGUUCGAAAGGUUACCAUAUUGUCUGA